AGGUGUAACACUCCAAAUUUCCUUUCAAAAGCUCCAGAAAAUGAAGAAAUGGAAACUUCUAAUAUUAUUGGUUUGAUGACGGGCAUCGUGUCUGCUGAAUGUGCAGAGGCCAUUUUUUAAGACUUGUGUAUGAAAGUGGAAUGGUAUAAAGGAGGGGCGGCAAAAGCCUGAUAUUCCCCCAAAAAAAAAAAAAAAAGGUGGAUGAAGGGGAGUGCGUCUCUUGUUUUUCCUUUGCGUGGAAGAAAUGCAAAGGGAAGAUGAGGUUCUCAAGAGUUGCCUUCCUUGAAAGCAGCAUUAAAGAGCCCUUCAACAGCGUCUCGAUCCCCUUCCAGUUCCUUUUCGAACUGGAAAAUGAACAGAGGCUUCUAGCGUAUAAAAAGGACCCGUUUUUGCCUUCAGGUUUUGGUAUUGAACAUGGUUUUUCUCGCUCUCCAAUCUCUUCCUCAUUAGCUGUUGAUCGAUUCCUUGAGCUGUAAUGGAGGAGGAAUCUCUUAAAAGCAUCCCACUUUACACCCCAAAAGUAAACUCACUCUGCUAUUCUCUCCGUCGAUUCAAGCCAUGAGAACUCAUUUUAUAGCACACACACGCACAGAGAGAGAGAGAGAGAGAUAGAAACAGAGAGCGAGAGGAAGCAGAGGAAUGCGUAAACGUCGUGGAGCAUGGAAGAUGUAAACUGGAAUUUAGUGUUGGUGGCUUUGUGGGCAUGCUUGGCAGCGGUGGCGACGACCGCCGACGAUGUUCCUCCCGUUCUGGUGGAUCCUUCUUCUUCCUACGGCCAGCAACAGUGCAUAACCAAGUGCGGCACCUGCCCUGUCAUAUGCGCCCCACCACCGCCAUCCGUCCCUUCCAUGGCCGCUCCUCCACCCACCAACCCUGCAACGGAACCUCCACCACCACCUCCCCCUAGUGGCGGUCACCAUCACACUCCAUCGUCACCCCCACCGCCACCGUCUCAGUCGACCAUUUACCCUUAUCCCUAUUACUUCUUUUACUCUUCUGGAUCCUCAUCACCUGUAGCUGUACCAGUUGGACAUGCUCUUCUCUUCGUGUUGUCAUUGUUUAUCGCGUUUCUUUUUCUUGUUUGAUGCUUGAUGUCAUUGAUUGCGUCUGUAGAGAUGCUUAUGUCCUCAAUGCAAAAGCAAAAGCAAUUACAGACUCUCUUUUCUC